GAUUUCUCCCUUUUUCCUCCAGGCACUUGAGACAUGAAUCCUGCUGUCUUCCUAGUCAUCCUGUGCUUGGCAGUGGCCUCAGCUGCUGAAUCCCCUGAUGUCACUCUGGAGGUCAAAGAUCAAGAGGCGACGAUAACAAAUGAGAAGCCGAAAGAAGAAGAAUACAGAAGAAUGAUAUGGGACCAGUUUAUGAAGAAGAUUGAAGUCUACAAUAAGAAAAAAGGCCUGGAGAACGAGGACAUCAGCCUAGAAAUGAGUGUGUUUGAUGACCUGACUGAUAGCGAAUUCACAAAAUUGAUGAAUGAAGUUUUAUUGCCAAUGUUUGAUGGGGAGGAGAAGACUCAAACACAGCCAGUUGGUGAUGCCGUUAAGUUUGAAUAUUCGCCAGCGAGUGGUGAUGUCCAGGAUCAGCCACAGUAACAUGGAUGGCAACGUAAAGCAGCCAAGGAGUGAAGCGACAACUGUGCCUUUGUCUCAGAGCCUCCUGCCCCAAGAUGUGAGCUGCCUGAUGGUGAGGAAGAAGAUCUGACGUGGGGGAAGGGAGCAGAGCAGAAGGGACCUCAACAUCACAGGAUCCAACACUCAAAUCCCUUCAGAGCCACACUGUGGUGUGAACUCCAGGGCAUGAUCACACUAGAAUAAAAAACCUUACAAACACGUUAAC